UAUCUAUAUUUAAUUGUUAGCCAAACCCAUUCAACACCAAAACUUACAUAGCUAAACAUCUAAAAACUCAAGGAGGGAGGAGUCACCAACAAGCAACUCAUCAUGGAAGGUUAAUACAUCCCACUUCUCAGAACUCUAAGGUCAUUGAAAUCUAUGGCCUCCAAGGUAUCCAUCAUUUCAACAUGGACUGUUAAAGCUGCUGGAACAAGUCAGCACCAUACAGAUAACUGUGAGAUUAUUGAGUUGACACCAUGGGACAUUCUUGCACUUCAAAUUGACUAUGCGCAAAGUGGACUCCUCUAUCCCAUGCCUACAUUGGAACAAGUAAGAGAUGUAUCAAAAUCAACAAAUACUACUACAUUAAUUGAUCAUCUUAGAGUUUCACUAUCUCGAGCUUUAGAUUUCUACCCUCCAUUCUGUGGCCGCCUUGAGGCAAUCACAGAACAGAGUGGAACUACUUCUUUCGUCAUUAAUUGUAACAAUGCUGGCGUUCUAUUCAGCCAUGCCAUAGCUCAUGGUGUUACAAUACGCGACAUCAUUGAAUCAAAUUGCGUUCCUCACGUGGUUCGUGAUUUUUUCUCAUUGAAUGGUGUACAAAACCAAGAGGCUACCUCCCAAUUACCCUGUUUGGCUGUGCAAGUAACAGAGCUUGUGGAUGGCAUAUUCAUUGGCUGCACGAACAAUCACGUGGUUGUUGACGGAACUUCUUUUUGGAAUUUUUACAAUUCUUGGGCUGAGUUAUCUCGCGGUUCUAAAAUCAUCUCAAAAAUCCCCUUUUUGAAACGUGAAUUCCCUUUCGAAAUUGAUGGUUUCUACCCUAAUCGUAUUUCUAUACCGAAUGAAAGAAUCAAUUCAGGUGAUAAAUUCAUUCCACCAGCACUACAAAUGCUGCGAGAAAAGGUAUUUCACUUCACCAAAGAAAAUAUCUACAAGUUAAAAGCAAAGGCCAAUCAUGAAAUGAACACCACAAAGAUUUCUUCUCUUCAAGCUGUGUUGGCUCACGUUUGGCGAUCCGUGAUACGUUGUCGUCGUCUCGAUCACAACGAAGAAACAACUUUUGAGGUAUCCAUCAACAUGAGGGAGAAAGUGAAUCCUCCAUUACCAGAAGGGUACUUUGGGAAUGCAAUUUACCCUGUUACCGUAACGAUCAAAACGGGAGAGCUGCUGGAGCACGGAUUUGGAUGGGCUGCUUUGCAAAUUAAUGAGUCGAUUGCUUCCCAUGACCAUGAAAAGUUGAAGUGCAUAUACGAGAAUUGGAUGAAGGACCCUGAGAUACAAAAAUUGGAUGAAUUGCCUAGCAAUUACUUCAUGCUGCAUAACUCUCCGCGAUUCAAUUUUUUCAAGUAUGAUUUUGGUUGGGGAAAGCCAAUUGCACAUAGAAGUGGUGAGGGAAACAUGUUAGAUGGUAAAAUAACAGUGUCACCUGGAGUAGAAGAAGGGAGCAUUAUUCUUGAAAUUUGCCUUUCUUCAGAGACAAUACAAGCAUUGGAGGAAGACAUAAUAUUUGGGGAGUUUGUGAACACUACACCAAUGCUUGCUGUGGAACCAACGAUUCGAGCUCGUAUUUAACAGCUUUUUAUGUUUUAUCUUAAUGCAUGAAUAAGGAGAAAAUAUUUGAGAAGCUACAUUGUUUAAAUAAGCCAAGCAUCUUUAUCUGUUUAUCUUGGUGUCUCAGGGCUGCUUGUAUUUGAGAAGCUACAUUGUUUUCAAA